CAGAACGGAACGGGAGGUCUAUUGGGGUUAUAUUCACGGGACGCGAGGGACGACUUUACGCUACCGACUGGUCAACAGAUAUCACUGCAGAGCACUCAGGAGGACAUCCAUAUGCGGUUCGGGAAGGCGUGGAGAGUGCAGGACAGGGUGUCGGUGUCGGACGUGACACAAGUGGCCUCACUCUUCCAUCACGACGCUAUACCGUUCGCCUUCUACGACGACCCAAACUUCUUGCCUGAGUUCGGUCUUCCGCCCAGACUUCCCGAUUGGGCCGAACACUUGAGGCCCGAAAUGGAGUCCGUUUGCGCCGAUUCUAUCCCCUGUCAGUACGACUAUGUCAUGACAUUUGAUAAGGAAUACGCAAAAGUGACGAAACAACACGAGGCCUACGCCCUCUUCCUCGCCAAUGAAGCCGCGCGUAGAUACCCCCGAUGUCCAGCGCUGCCAAAGCCAUUGAAUGGUCGCAAGUCUGAGAACCGUUAUUGGCCGGGAACUAUCGUCCGAUUCUCGUGCGAUGACGGCUACCGAUUGGUCGGUUACGAAGCCCGCCGUUGCCGAGAGGACGGCCUCUGGUCUUGGGGUGUGGACCCCGAGUGUAUCAGUGAUCUCAAAUAUACGGGAAGAAUAGCUGGUAUUGGCGUUGGAAUAAUUUUGCCCAUAAUUAUAGUUAUAAUACUAGUUAUCGGAUGUUUCAUAUAUUCGCGACGAAAUACGAAAGAGCACUACACGGGAGAGCCCGGAAUUCAACAGCCGUUUAUGGAGUAUUCAAACGCAAAACAGGCGAAUGAAAGUAUGCCCGGAGGAGGAAAGGCUAUUAAAGAGAUCGAGACGUCCGCCCGGGAGGCCGAGUGCUAAAUAAACUUAAUUCAAACAUUUAAUCAAAUAAUUAAAGCCCCAAAUAAUCAUUUAUUGGAGUCAAUACAUAAAACGUGUUCACCAUAUCAUUCAAACUCUGCCAUCAAUUCUUUUGUAUUUGUUAUAUUGUAUUCAAACAUAUAUUUUAUGUCAUUUUUGCCUUUAAAUAUCGAGUCAUAUAUUUUUUUCAAUAUUUUAAAUAUUCAAUUGUUUUUAAUAAAAUAUGAUUAAUAAAAUAGUUUUGGACAUUAAUUAAAUAA